AUGCUGCAUCAGCUCCACGGUGGCAUGAAGGCGCGAGUCCCAGACAAUGGAACCUGUCAGGAGAUGUCAAGGUAAACGACCCAAAGUUAAGCUGAAUAUUGAGUUGUUGUCCUUGCCUGCUCACCAUCUACAUACUAGCAAGGAGCUAGCUCAGCGACUAGACUACCCAAAGGUCGCCCCGCCGCCGCUGCCGCUGUCGACUGCGGGAUACAAACCAGGCGACAGCCCUGACCGUCUGUGGUCGCGCCCGUCGCCAGCACCAGAACUGUUUCGACGACAACGACGCCGACAUCAGCAAUCUGCUCGGCGAAAAGAACCGCCUACACAAAGCCUACGUAGACCACUCCACUGAUACCAACAGAGCUGUUAUCUACCGCAGUCGCCGCCAACUUCAGCAACGACUGCGCGAGAUGCAGGACGCCUGGACUGCUCGCAAAGCUGAGGAUAACCAAGGGUACGCGGACCGCAACGAGUGGAAUACUUUCUUCUCCGCAAUCAAAGCUGUCUACGGUCCGCCGACCAAAGGCACCGCUCCUCUCCUCAGCGCCGAUGCGAGUACCCUCCUGACCGAGAAGACACCAAUUCUACAACGAUGGGCCGAACACUUCCAAUGCGUCCUCAACCGUCCCUCCACCAUCUCCGACACCUCUAUCGCCAGCCUGCCCGUAGUGGAGACCAACGCGGACCUCGACCUCCCACCCUUUCCCCAGGAGACCAUCAGGGCCAUGCAGCAGGUCUCCAGCGGGAAGGCUCCUGCCUCCCACGCGAUCCUCGCUGAGAGCUACAAGCACGGUGACCGCCAGCACAUCGACAAUCUGACUGUGCUCUUCCGGCAGAUGGGGCGUCAUUGUGAAGUCCCAGAGGGUUUCAAGCACGCCAAAAUCGUACAACUCUACAUGCGGAAAGGAAACCGCCAGCUCUGCGACAACCACCCAGACAUCUCGCUGCUGAACAUGGCCGGAAAAAUCUUUUCUCGCAUCCUCCUCAACCGUCUGAACAUCCACCUAGGGGAGGCCUCCUCCCGCAAAGCCAAUGCCGCUUUGGCCGUCAACGCGUGGCCACGGACAUGA